AUGGCAGGGAGAUUACUGAUCUGUGCAGUCGUCCUGCUCUGUUUUUGCUCCUUCAACCACUGCAACGCUUUAGAAGCAGGCACAGAGGAGCUUAGUGAACGCAUGACUUCUUUGAGGCGGCUGCUGGAGACCGAGCUGACGGUUGCAAACGACAACAACACCUACCCCAAUGCAACUGUCAAUGUGGGCCUGUCUAGGCCGCAGGGCUGUGUUCCCUGGUGGACCAAGACCCGCUCCACAGACGUGGUCUGCCCCAAGGACUGCCAGCUGUCAGGCUUCAAGGAGGGCUACAACCUGGGACAGCUCGCGCCCCUUUACAUCAAGGUGGAAAAAGGGUCGGUGUCCCGAGUGGCGCCGCGGCCGCUGAAGGGCGCGUACAUGAACAUCACCGGGAUCUCCAAAAUAGACAACAAGGUCGACUACAAGUUCCAGGUCAGCGAUUACGGCGUCAACUUCGUGCAGUUUGCCGCCAAUUACAAUGUGGGCGCCAAAUUCACCGUCUCCAUGGGUCUGGUGAAGAAGAAUCCCAACGCCGGCGGCUCGGCAGUGCCGGACCCCAACGCAAAGCACAACCCCUUCUGCUACUUUAACGUGACCUGGACGGUUGUAGCGCCCGGCACCAUCCCAACUGCAGCAGAUGCUGCCAAGCCUGCCGCCACAUCAGCCGCCACGUCAUCCGCCACCUCAGCAGCUGACAACGGCGACCUGCCUUCGACAGACACCACCCCUGAAGUAGCAGCAGCCGCUACCGUGCCAAAGAAGGCGGCUGCCCCGGCUCCCGCCGCGGCGCAGCCGACCGUUGCCGGCAAGAAGGCGGCUGCACCGGCGCCGUCUGCUGGUUCUGCCUUUGAGGACCUGGGCGGCGGCCUCUGA